AUGUUACGUGACCAUUCAUUUCAAAUUGGUUUCACUCAUGACUCAACUUAUGCCCUAUUAAUGGAAAAUCAUCGUAUACAAGCAUGCAAUUUCUUGGCUAUUGCUCACGCUCAAGAAACACUCAACUAUCUAGUCCGACAUAUGCAGGAUGUGACACGAGAACCUCGUGAUUCGUAUACAUCACGUCAACAAGCUAAGCAAAGGAAUGAUUUACCUCCUGCACCGGAAUCAUAUAUGACACAAGAUGAAAUUUGCAAAGCUUAUGAUGAAAUCGAUGAUAUUUACUUUUAUAUCCGUCAUGGUUAUUAUCCAUCUAAAAUACGUAAACCAGAUGAUAUCAGUAGUAAAUCCGAAUCUGUGCCAACUGGUCUAACAAAUGAUCAAAAGUAUUCGACCAAUUCAUCACGUACAUCUGAUGAUAUACAGUUGAAGACAAGUUAUAAAAAAGAUACUGGAUUAUCACGUUCUAACUUGCCGACAGCGGAAGAUCUACUUGCUGCUUCAUUGCAUACAGCUUCACAGAAUUCUAAUCCACCAUCAUCACAGCCAACUAGUUUAACUAAAUCUCCGAAAAAUAGUAAAAACAGUCAUUCAAAUCAAAACAGUAUCAAUAAUAUGAUUAAUGCCACCCUGGCUUCACUUGCCAGUACAACAUAUCGUGUACAGCCUAAAGAAUAUGGAAUCUGA